AUUUGCCGACCUCCCGCGGAGGAUGGGGGCAGACUGGGUGGGGAUAGAGCCGGGGCAGUGGCUAACCACGUGUUUGGGACCUGGGGCAGUAAACGAGACCUUCCUCCAGGGAAGGAUAAAUGGGAGGUUUCCCAGGGAGUUACUGCUCACAAGUGUCUGCCCCUUCUAUUCGCUGUUCACUUGCUGCUCCGUAUUAUGGGCUGCGGGACCAGUAGCAAAGUAGUCCCGGAGACAUCGGCUUCUGCCUUCCACCUGAGCUGGGGCAAGGGAGUGGGGAAAGGAAGCUAUGGUCCGCUGCAGGCAGAACAGUGGGAGACUGGGCACAGGGGGCAGCAGGUACCUCCCGAAGCGGCGGUAGAGGCGGUUCAGAAAAUGCAGGUGGCCAGAUACCGGGCCAAGUUCGACCCCCGGGUCACAGCCAGAUAUACCAUCCAGGCUCUCAUUGGAAGAGGCCGUUUCAGCAAGGUUGUGAGAGUGGAACAGAGAGUCACAAAGAAGCCCUUUGCCAUCAAAAUGGUAGAGACCAGCCUGAAAGAAGGCAGAGAAGCUUGUGAAUCUGAACUGAGCGUCCUCCGGCGAGUCAGCCACUGCAAUAUUGUCCAGCUUAUUGAGAUCUUUGAAGCCCAGGAUCGAGUUUACAUAGUGAUGGAAUUGGCUACAGGAGGAGAACUCUUUGAUCGAAUUAUUGCCCAGGGAACAUUCACAGAGAGGGAUGCCGUCAUCAUCCUCAAGAUGGUUGUUGAUGGGGUGAGGUAUCUGCACAGUCUACAAAUAACUCACCGAGACCUGAAACCUGAAAAUCUCUUGUACUAUCACCCAGGGGCAGAAUCGAAGAUCUUAAUCACAGAUUUUGGAUUGUCCAGCUCCGGUCACAAAAAUGGCGACUGGUCCAUGAGUACUCUGUGCGGCACGCCAGAGUACAUCGCCCCAGAAAUUCUAUCCAGGAAACCAUACACAAAUGCAGUGGAUAUGUGGGCUCUUGGAGUAAUAGCAUACGUUUUACUGAGUGGAUCCCUGCCAUUUGAGGAUGAAAAUCCCAUGAGACUUUAUAAGAAGAUUCUAAAGGGGAAAUACAGCUACAAGGGAGAACCUUGGCCAAAUGUUUCCAACUUAGCAAAGGACUUUAUAGAUAAACUAUUGACAUUGGAUUCCGGUCAUCGCAUGUCAGCUGGGCAGGCUCUGAAUCACCCUUGGGUAAUGACCAUGGCUAUAACCUCUCCCAUGAAGAAUCUUCAAAGAUCCAUCUCCUGGAACUUGAUGCUUAGGACAUCACCCCAUUCUCAGGGCUCCAGAUCAUCACGGACCUCUGAGUCUUGUCAUUCGAAUGGAUCAAAACACACGUGGAGAAAGAAACGGGUGAAUAAGUCUGGAACAAUGAGCCUUGGAUGAACAAGGACCUCCGUUAGACAUAUUUUCUCACAUAUUAGUUCAUAUUUUAACUCUACACUUGGGGCUCAUUUGGAGUAUUAUAAUGAGUAGCCAUUACAUGGGCUUAGUUUAAAUAAGACUUACUCUGCCCUCUUCCCUCUAGUGUUAGUAUUAAAAUUCUCUGGAGACUGUAUAUUAAUUUAUAACUAUUUAUUAGAUGGUGAAAGCAGGUUAUCGAGAGGAAAGGCUCAUAAUCACAUGGCCAGUUGCUUAGCUAACCUGAACUCAGGCCACUUACUACAUGCCACAUUCACUCCCACUGCUUCCUAGCCAAAAGAGCACAAACUUCCUUCAUUCAUAACUUAUAACCACAGUGACAUCGCUUUUUCUGGGUCUCCCUGGUUGGACAGACUUGACCUCCUUCCUGGUAAGAGGCCAGUCUUCCAGACACUAGACGUCAUGUGGGACAAAAGGCAAGCAUAUUCCAAAACACUAGGAAUCAAGAGGCUUUUUUCUUGUACAGAUAGAUAUUCCUCAGACCAAAAUGGAUUUUCAAAACUUUCCUUUUAGAAAAGAAAGAAGGGCUAUAGAUUUAUGCUAAAAUCACACAGCAGAGAAAUGGAAGAUGACUAGGAUUGAAUCAAUCAGUAGCUGGCAGGAAGGAUUGAAGUGAAUGAUGUCAUUACAAAAGGUAUAAAUAAAACAUAUUUAAAAAGAAACAAACUGAGGGUCAGAUAGGUAGCACAGUAGUUAGGGAACCAGGCCUAGAGUUGGGAGGACCUGGAUUCAAAACUGAUCUCUGACACUUCCUAGCUGUCCAACCCUGGGAAAAUCAAUUAACCCUGAUUUCCUAGCCCUUGCCAUUCUUCUGUUUUCAGAUUGGUACUAAAAUAGAAGGUAAGAGUUUGGGUUUUUAAAAAAAAAAUAGACUUUUAGUCACUCAUUAAACUUCUCACUCAUUCCUCUUUUAUCCAUCCUUUUCCUCAAAGUAAGUGCUAUGUAUUACCAUAGAAGGAACAGACAGUCUGAAUGCAGAUUGAAAUGUACCAUUCUUCAUUUUAUUUCCUCCAUGAAUUUUUUUUAGUAUAAGCAAUAUAUCUUAUUUCACAUGACAAAUAUGGAAAUACAUAUUAUAUGAUAAUAUAUGUACAACUAUAUAUCAUCUGCUUUCUUGAAGAAGGAGGGGAAGGAGAAGGAGGAACAGAACAUGGAUUAGGAAGUGUCAGAAAACAAAUAUUAAAAUUUGUUUCAACAUAUUAAAAAAAUCCAUUGUUUCGCACCAAAAAAGAGAAAGAAAUCAGAUUAACAACAAAAGAUCUAGUGAGUACUAUGAAGGCAUUUAUAUGUAUAUGUGUAUGUAUAUAUAUACAUACAUACACCCACCCAAACACAAACACACACACAUAAAGGCACCUUAAUAAAAUGACUAUUUUUAUGUGAUCUACUUUACUGAAUAGAGAGAAUAAGGCUGAUUAUUAGAUAAUAUAGACAUUCACCCUUCUUGGAGCUGAUUUCUUUCAUAUCUGAAAAAUAUUUAUUUUUUUAAAGUACUGCUAUAAAAGAUUUACUCAAAUAAGUGGAAACUAUUCAGAUGAUAUAUAACAUGAAUUGGACUGAUUAAAUAGAAUAAUGUGGUUUUCAGGAUAAUAAACAAGGGAGGAGUCAAUGGAAUGUAAUCUUUUUAAUCCAGUAACACUGACUUCCUUGUGUUUACUUAACGAGAUAUUCAUCUCUGCCCUGAGCAUUUUCUAUGGUUGUCCUCCAUGCCUGGAAUAUUCUCCCUCCUCAUCUUCACCUCUGGCUUGCCUGUUUCCUUUAAAUCCCAGCCAAAAUCCUACCUUCUUGCCAAACCCUCUUAAUUCGAGUGUCUUCUUGUUUUUGAAUAUUUGUACACAUAGAUUGUUUGUGUGUAUUUGUUUGCAUGACUUCUCUCUCUUUAGAUUGUGAGCUCUGAUGGGACAGAGAUUGUCUUUUGUCUCUCUUUGUGACCUCAGGGCUUUGCACAAUGCCUGAUACAUAGUAGGUUCUUAACAAAUUUUAAUAAGUAGAUAGAAUAACAACCUCUCGGAGUUUAAAUCAAUGUCCUAAGGUUAUAAAAUUAUAGACAGUUUGCAAUCUGCUUUAGUAGGAGUUUCUAUUUCAAGUGGGAUUUCUCACACCAAUAGACUCAUGAAAACAAAAAAAAUUACAUAUUUCAUAACUAUUAGCAACAAUAAAAAACAUUUAGAAAAAUGCAAAAAAUUAUGUGCAAAACCACAAAUAACAUUGUUUACAAUUAAUUUAGAAAUAUGUGAAUUACAUGUGUACUAAUAUAAACAUCCUCUGCUUUUGCGUUCCCUUUUGAUUUGUUUUGACAUUUUUUUCUCCUGAUUUUGUGGCUGUUAUUUUUUAAUAUAGUCAUAAUAUAUAUUAUUCCUAUUCUCUUUUCUUUUUGUUUCUACAUAUAUUUUCCAAUUAUUUGUCAUUUAAAAAAUUUUUAAAUAAACAUUAUUUUUAUUUGGUCAA